AUGGCAGGUGGAAGGCGAGGGGCAAACCGCACUACUUACUGCAGAACUCCACUUGGCGGUGAACCAGGUUCAGUAAGCAAUGGCAACCACUCCACCAGCUCCCCAGUCACUGGUGUGCGGUCUCGCACGAGGAGUGGUACUGGAGCCUGCAUGAGCAGCCCUCCAUUAGCUGCACAAACAGUGGUGCCCUUGAAACACAGCAAGAUACCAGAGUUACCCGUGGAUAACAACAUACUGUUUGAGCUGCAUCUGUUCUUCUGCCACCUCAUUGCCCUCUUUGUCCACUAUGUCAAUAUCUACAAAACUGUAUGGUGGUAUCCACCAUUACAUCCUCCCUCACACACUUCACUGAAUUUCCACCUGAUUGAUUAUAACAUGCUCAUCUUCAUAGUCAUCAUUCUGGCUCGGAGGUUAAUCGCAGCAAUUGUUAAAGAGGCAUCACAGAGUGGGAAACUAUCAUUUCCUCAUUCAAUCUUCUUAGUGAUGGCACGAUUUGUUGUGCUAACGCUGACAGGCUGGAGCCUAUGCCGAUCUCUCAUAUACCUCUUCAGAACGUACUCUGUGCUAAGCCUGCUCUUCCUAUGUUAUCCAUUUGGAAUGUAUAUUCCGUUCUUUCGGUUGAGCUGCGACUUCCGACGUGCUGGUCCUCUCUCCCCCAUCGCCAGCAUCGGCUCCAAAGAGAUGGGCAGCGUUGGCCGGGGGCGGGACUACCUGACAGUGCUCAAGGAAACCUGGAAGCAGCACACCAGCCAGCUGUACGGCGUCCAGGUCAUGCCAACUCACGCUUGCUGCCUAUCCCCAGAUUUGAUCCGCAAAGAGGUGGAGUACCUCAAAAUGGACUUUAACUGGAGAAUGAAGGAAGUGCUGGUCAGCUCCAUGCUGAGUGCCUACUAUGUGGCCUUUGUACCUGUCUGGUUUGUCAAGAGCACACAGUAUGUCGACAAAUGCUGGUCUUGCGAGCUCUUCAUCCUGGUAUCAGUCAGCACGUCAGUCAUUCUCAUGAGGCACCUCUUGCCACCUCGCUACUGCGACCUGCUGCACAAAGCUGCAGCACACCUGGGCUGCUGGCAGAAAGUAGACCCAUCCCUCUGCUCCAAUGUCCUCCAGCACUUGUGGACAGAAGAAUACAUGUGGCCACAGGGAGUCCUCGUCAAACAUAAUAAGAAUGUCUAUAAAGCUACGGGCCACUACAAUGUCGCAGUACCAUCUGAUGUGUCCCAUUAUCGCUUCUAUUUUUUUUUCAACAAGCCGCUGAGAAUAUUGAACAUCCUUCUCAUCCUGGAAGGUUCCAUGAUAUUUUACCAACUCUACUCGUUGAUCUGCUCAGAAAAGUGGCACCAGACCAUAUCACUGGCACUGAUUCUCUUCAGUAACUACUAUGCCUUCUUCAAACUGCUAAGAGACAGAAUCGUCUUAGGCAGGGCAUACGCUUACUCAAAUGGUCCGUCGGACCAGAAAGUAAGUUAG